AUGGUGGUGAAUGCAUUCUUGCUGCUCCAAUUGCUCGGCAUAGCUUUCGCCUUCAACUCAACCUCAAACUCACUCACCUACCAACAGCGCACGGCUAUAGCACCAAAUGGAGUCAACGUUGCGUUCAACUCACCUGGAAACAACACUCAAUACACUCCAUCUGUUUACUACAGUACAAAUGCUACAAAUAUCACAGAAAAUGCCUCUGGGGAGAGUUUAAUGUAUAACACUGCUCUUUCCACUACGCAUAAAGUGGGUCUCAGAAACCUGACGUCAGACUGCACAUAUUACUACCAAACAUGUCUAAACGUCGAUGGCGAGUGCGCGCGUUCAGAGGUGCUUUCUUUCAAAUCGGCAGUCUCGCCUGGAUUGACUGGAGAAGAGUUCAAAUUUGCUGUCUUAGGUGACAUGGGUGUGAUGGGACCGCUUGGUCUAUCCACAGAAGCACCCUCUAAAGUCGACGAUUUCGCUCGACUUGACCAAGGAGAGCGCUCAACGAUGAAGGCUCUCAUAGAAAAUAAAGACAAGUAUCAACUCAUCAUACACAACGGGGACCACGCCUAUGCCGACGAUGUAGGCAAGGAAAUUACCGAUGGAUACAUCUCAAAUGCCCUUAAUGACUCGCUUCUUGAGCAGAUGAGUGAGACAUACGAGCUCAUUCUCGAGAUUUACUUCAACCAGACAUCGCAGUUCGCUAGAAGCACUCCUUACAUGGUAGGCCCGGGGAACCACGAGCAGCUGUUGACGGAAGGUCAUAACUACACAGAUCCAUGGACCAACGAACCUAUCCUAGUUGACGACAUUCCUAACGGACAGCGCAACUUUACUUUUUACAACAACCGCUUCUUUAUGCCCUGUGAGAGUGGAGAAUUGUGCAAUUUCUGGUGGAGUGUCGAGGCAGGUCCAAUGAAAUUCAUCCAACUCAACACGGAAACCGACCUGAAAGCUGGCAUACCUCCAGUGGAUAUCACACAAGAUCCAGAGCAAAAUAACCUCGCUGAACCUAAUGCUCAAAUUGAAUUUUUGGAGAAGGAGCUCAACAGUACCGACAGAUCAAUCACGCCGUGGUUGAUAGUAGGCGGACAUAGACCGUGGUAUGGCACAUCGCCAGACUGUCCCGGAUGUAAGGAAUCUUUCGAAGAGCUGCUGGUCAAGUAUGAUGUGGAUCUCGUCAUGCACGGCCAUGUACAUCUCUACGAGCGUUUGGCUCCUAUCUCAAAUGGGACAGUCGAUAAAAAGGGUCUUGACAAUCCAACUUCCCCUUGGUAUAUAAUCAAUGGCGCGGCUGGCCAUUACGAUGGAUUGGACGAUAUGCCAGAGGAUGUUUCACCACAGUCUAGAAACAUUAUUCAGGGCGAAUUUGGAUAUGAUGAGAUCACGAUUCAUAAUCGUACCCAUCUCACACAUUCAUUCAUCGUUUCGAAGAAUGACACCCUUCUCGACACGCAAACCCUUUACAAAUCACAUUAG